GUAUCGAAACGCUGUUAGCAAAAGGAAAGAGUUAUUUGAGUGAAGACAAAUUAUCUGAUUCUGAAAGUUUCUUUAGCCAAGUGGUAAGAAUAUGUCAGAACCAAGAGCCCAGAGACUAUGUCGGAAGCCAGCCGGCAUUUCUAGGACUGGUGACAGUUUACAUGAAGUACGGUACGUCAGAAUCGUUACCAGUCUACCAACGCCAAGAGGCGCUUAUCAAAGCAGGUGUGUUAUGCCACUACGUGAUAAAUCUCGCUGAGAAGUGCGGCUAUGAUGAGAGGCAGGACAGCGCAAAUGACAGCGACAAAGAGGCCAUUGCUUGUAGCACUGAGAUGGAGAGUCUUCUGAGUCGUAUCGAAUCGGAACUGUUGAAGAGCAUGAAUGUAAUUUGUGCAGAUUUACCAAAACGUGCAGUUGAACACAAGAUGUUAUUAGUACGCCUCAGAAAGAAAGUAAAAGAAGAAAUCUUAAAGCUGGAAACAAUAGAUUUUGAUCAAUCCACUGUUGAAACCGAAAAGCACUUUGUUAGAGAAAUGACGGACAUCAAUAACACGAUCUGCGAUAGCAUAAAAGACCUCGUGCAAAAAAUGAUUACAGAGUGCCAGAUCGCUUUGGGUAAACCACCUUGUGAAUUUGUCGCGGUUUGUCUGGGAUCAUUUGCCUUCGGCACGACCACGCCGUAUUCCGACCUGGAGUGGGCCAUUAUCCUCGAUAUUGAAGAUGACCACUUCAAGGAAUACUUUCGGAAUUUGUCCCGUCUAUUUCAAUUCAAAGUAGUGAACUUAGGUGAAACCAUCGUACCUUCUGUUAUGAUUCAAAGCUUGAAUAGUGAGUGCGAUUCGUGGUUUUACGAUGACGUCACCCGACGUGGAUUAGCAUUUGAUGGUGCCAUGGUGAAGGCGUGUAAGACUCCCGUGGGAAGAAGGGAUGACUCGGGGAACGUUGUGUUUGAGUUGAUUCAUAGCCCAGAAAAGAUGGCCGAGUUUCAGAAUCUGGAAUGGCUGAAUAAAUCGUUUGAGCUGGCUUGCUCGCUUCGCAGUUUUCAAGUCAUUCACUCCUCCGAACCUAUCAAAGGAGAUGAAAUAAUUAGAAGAUAUAAACAGGAACUGAGAAACCAACUUGAACGUUACGUUGAAGGAGAUUCGCCAUUAUUUGAGGAAGAGAUGCCGUCUGACAAGGACGAGUCUUGUUGUUUGCCUAAGGAAAUGCAAUGGAAAAAGGAGUCGGAAGAGUUUGAAUUCCAGAAGGACAAUGCUUUGUGUAGCAAUAGACUUUCAAAUCCUCGCUCACACAGUGGGAGUGAAGGCAAUGUUGUGCAAGGUGAUGAUAAAGGAGAAGAGAAUAAGGGCAGUUUCAGCGACACAUUAGACAAUCACGUUCAGGAAAAUGACGAGGUGAGCAGUAACGAGAAGAUUUACGAGUCUACAGAUAAACCGUCGAGCAACAGUGCUAAACAAAUCAAGGAGCUUCUAGGGGAUGCCUCGUUAAUCAUUGUUCCUGAUGUUGAUGCUAAGAAAAUUGAUACCGUCACGUUUGAAACACGAACCACUGGUAUCUCGAGCAAGGAAAAUCAAGAGAAUGUAAGCCAGGAAUGCAGCAGCCAAUUAAGACAUGGCACCUCAAAUAACCACGAGAAAUUCCCAGGUAGAUAAGAAAUUUUAAUUAAAAUACCAAAUUAUUCCACUUUAUGAUGUUGUAAUUCUGCAUGCAAACUUGUUUCCAUUGGAAUGGUAGUGAUGUUAUUACAUUUAAUUUUUUAUUCAUAGCCGGCCGACAGUAUACAGGUUUAUAAUGUUAAUACUGAAACUUCCCGAAUUUUCUCGAAAACUCAAAAUGCUGAGGAAUCCAACAAAACGAAACAAUAUUGUAGUAAUAUACAAGUUUAUUUCGGGGCACGUAGUUAAUCUGGAGAUAACUUUGGGAUAAAUUGGAAUUUUUACGCGCAAAACGUAUGCUAGUCUUUAAAAUGCUUUACUGGAAAAUGUACAGUGAGAUUUUGAAUUUUUGUUUCUGGUUUUUAUGUGCAUGAAGAUAUAUGUUUGUGAUGUUGUCUCAGCAAACCAAAGGUCGCGAGUUUGAUUCCCAGUUUGCCGUCAAGCAAACGUUUCAGCUUGCCCGGUGUGGACACACUCAAACAAUAUCACAAACAUAUACAGCGAGAUAUUUUCGAUGUCCUCACUGCUGUAGUGAGGACAUAGAAUCACGUGAUUUCCCACUUUGAACAUUUAUUGUGUUGUUCCUAUCAUAGCUGAUGGUGGAAAUUUCUAUAUGUACUAAAAUGAACAUUAGAUUGAAUGGCGGCUUGAAGAUACGAAUUUUAUCUUAUCGUGGAGAAAGCAAUAUUUCACCUAUUUGCCUCACUAAUUCGAAAAAUAUUGCUUACACCACUGUCUAAUAUCCUGUAUAUAUCAAUAGCCGGUUCCCCCACUGCUAUUCAUUAUUUAUAUUACAUAUUUUCUACCUGCAAUUUGCAGUCAAAACACAUCGUUCUAUGUAUUUUGCAGAUCAAGAAGUACUAUCAGACGUCGGUCGUCUAACCACAGUACGAAGUCAACAUGUGAAGAAACUGAUGGCGAACGACAUGCCCAUGUAUCAUCUACACGAUGUUCUUUGUACCUCGGACACAGAGGGCAUGAUCUACAACGUGAAGAAAGAUCUAUACAGGCAGCCUGAACGAGCGCUUUCCAUCUUAUUCCUACAGUUUCAAAUAGAGAGCAGCAACGUUUAUGGGGGAUUAGAAGAACUACAAAGAAAGGGCGUUGUCAGUGGUCAAGUUAAGAUGGACUUAUUUGUGGCAAUGUCGAUCGCUUGUGAGCUCCGCUUGCGAGCGUAUCUGGAACGUGACAGGCAGAUGGAAGAACUAGACAUUCCCUCCUCCAUUCCAGGUUGCUGUAAUGACAUUUCUUCACUUGUAGAAACUGAAGAUGCACCAUCCGUGAAAGCUAGGCUGGAUCGUGUGCUCAGGUUUUAUCGCAUUGUCCUGCCGUUUUUGGAGAAAGUGCGAGAAGACCAAAGUGAAUCAGUUGCUGAUUCAAGACCUGUGAAUUGGGAGCUUACAAAUCUUGGUAGUUCAAGUUACUACAACGCCUUGAUCCAUUUGCGUUUGUUACGGUACAAGAACGCAAGGUAUUUCUCGUUGAGGACGAUCCACGAAAACCCAGAGCGAGCAAAUAGCUGGCAGCUUUUGGCAAGGCUGCUUGAGCAAGAGGGAAAGUAUGAUAAAGCGUAUCGCUGUCUGGUGAAAUCUUUCCUCAUCUUCUUUGCCGAAAAGGACGAGGUCAUUAGUUUGUGUCUGGAAACGAAACAAGAAGGCCUACAGGAAGCAGCAGCAAACAAAGAUCUACCCACCGGUGCUUGGGUGAAGCGUGUCCAAACAGUUGUGUCCAGAAGUCAACAAAUAAAGUUCUUAAGAACAUGUCUUCAGCGGAUGGCCCUUGACUCCUUUUUUGCUUCGCAAUAUCAGAGGGCAUGGCGUUUCUUCCGAAUGGUCUAUCACCUGGUGCUAAACAACCCUUUGGAUAGAAAAAAAGAUGCUGUUUCAUCUGUGUUCUGCAGUACUGCUUUAUGCCUCAGUGCCACUGGCCGCUAUCAAGAAGCAAUAGAUAUCCUGGAAUUUAUCCUGAAUAACAAUCUCUUGAGUCCCAUACAGAUUCCCAAGGCUAGAGAUAAUCUUGGCAACGUUUACUUUUAUGUCGGGAACUACUCUAGAGCGUUAGAAGAAUACCACAAAGCUUUGAAACUAAGACGGAAUUAUUAUCGAGUCGACGGAAGUCCGUUCUUUGUGAUUUCAUAUGUAAACAUUGGCAACGUUCUUGGUAAGAUAGGACAAGUGACGGAAUCUAGCAAGUGUUACCGAAAGGCUUUAGAACUCAUUCGGCGAAUGUACAACAACCCCUGCGCCAAUUAUACCGAGCUGUGCUAUUCUGGUAUUGGAGGGAACCUCCUCUCUAUAGGAAGGAAAGAAGAAGCUCUCGAUUAUUGCAAGAAAAGCGUAGAAAUUUCGAGGAAUAGGCUCGGACACUGCAAUCACAAGUCGAAUGCGUUGGCUCUUAUUGGUCUUGGGAACUGCUAUUUGUAUCUGUUGCGAUUUGACGAGGCAGUAAAGACGUACGAAGCAAGUGUGGAUAUUUUACAGAAGAUCGGAAUGGUAGAGGAUGCUGACGUGUUGCCUGUCGAGAUUUCCAUUGUAUACUGUAAUCUUGCUGUGGCAUUGCACCAGCAGGGUCACUCUGACGUUGCACUUCGCUGGUUGCAAAAAGCAGAAAGCAAGAUGGUUUCGUGCGUCAGCAGGGACUCGCACUUCAACAUGGGUGUUGUCUUUCAUGCUAAGGCGCAGAUCUUCCGGGCGCAAGGAAAGCAUACCGAAGCAAAGGAGCUACUCGAGAAUGCUCUUGAUGUAUUCCUGAAUGUUUUCGGGAGCGACGUCCCCCACCCUUCGAUCAUCGUCGCGCUUACUCACCUUGGCAACCUGCUCAUCUCGCUACGACAAUACGCGGCGGCGGUGAAUCGUUUUCGUCGCGCUCUUCAUCUGUUAAACAGGAGCUUUCCCGAAGAUGCUCAUGUCCAGCUCAAGAUCAGUGCCAAUAAGAACAUGGGCUACGCGCUGUACCAGUUGGACCAAAUACCAGAUGCGCUCGUCUGCUACAAAAGAGCACUGGAAAUACGGUCAAAACAUGCUGGAGCAUCAUCACUGAACGUUGAUCCGAGUUUGAUUCUCAGUUUAUAUGUAGAGGCUGGGAAUGCGUAUAUUCGAGCUGGAAACCAACGCGAAGCAAUGCGGUUGUACGAAGCGGCUCUCCGCAUGCCUGUUUCUCUGAGCCGUGGGGUGUGUGACCUGAAAAAAGUUGCUCUUUCUCUGGCAGCUAUGCAGACAAGGGCGGGACUGUUGGACGAAGCAAUCGAAAGUUUUCAAACAGCAGUUUCAUUGCACGUGAAGACGGGCAUCGACGAGAUCGACCCUUUCGUUGUAAAGUGUUACCAAAACCAGGCCGCGCUCUAUCAGACCAUCGGAAACCGAGAGAACGCCUGUCUUUACUCUGAGAAAGCUCUAGAAGUACAGUUGUUGGUAACAAACUCCAAACCGCACGAAGGUACGGCGAAGCUUUUGGCACAAGUGGCAGAAGCAUGGUCUUACAGCGACACCCAGAAAGCGGUAGAGUUUGGCAAGCGAUCUCUUCAAAUGGUAGCGGCUCUUGGAAAUCUGGAGAACCUGGAGCAUAAUGUGCUCUCCGAUCUGGGAUUUUAUUACCAUUUGCAUGGUGAACAGCAAGACGAGCAAAGUGAACAGCGACGUCUGUAUAAAGAAGCGGAGGAAAAUUACAACAGAGCAUUGCAAUUAAAAAGAAACGAGGCGACAUUGUUCAACCUUGCUUUUCUGCUCAUGACAAAUUCUCGUUUCCACGAAGCGUUCGUUCUUUUGAAAAGUGUUCCAGAAAUAUGUAGCAGGGAUAGUGUACUUGGUUUCGACGAUCGUGAUGCGCCGUUGUUAAACAGGAAUCUUCGUAAGAGAUUGUUUUCUCCACAUAAAAACAAUGAAGUUGUGAUGAAGACUAUAGUCUUGGCUUACUUCUCAAUGGUCCAGUGCUACAAAGCGUUGGAAGAUUACACAAACGCACUUUCUGAGGCAUUUAAACUAGAAAGAUUUGUGUGUGAACUAGAAAAUCCCGCCUCGACUGAUUAUGUGCUGGUUGCUUGCGCAUUUGAAGAAAUGAACAAGCCCACAAAGGCAGAAUUUUUCUUCAAAAAAUGUUCUGCGGAGAUUUAG